GUAGUUCUGAGUAAUCAAUGGUGUCGUCGAAGAAACCCAUUGAGAAGAAGGCGAGGAGCGAUGGCGUCAGUAAAACUGGUGGUCGGAGUACCCGCAGCUCCGGUUCCAAAGCGAAGAAGACGACAAAUAAGGUUAACAUUGUGAAGAAGCAGCCGGAGAUUCACGAGAUCUCGGACUCUUCGAGCAGUGACUCUGUGGAAGAAGCAAAUAGACGUGAUGAGCCGAAGAAAAGUAAUGGCGUCGUGAGCAAGGGCCGUAAUGGAGCGAGCGGAGGAAAUUCGAAGAAGACGAUUAAAAAUCGAGAAGAGGAGGACGGAGGUGUGGAAGAUGCUAAGAUGUUUAGGUUUCCAAUGAAUCGGAUUCGGCGGAUCAUGAGAACCGACAAUUCUGCCCCACAGAUUAUGCAGGAUGCUGUAUUUCUUGUUAACAAAGCCACGGAAAUGUUCAUUGAGCGGUUUACUGAAGAAGCAUAUGAAAGUUCUGUCCAGGACAAAAAGAAAUUUAUCCAUUACAAACACCUCUCAUCCGUAGUGAGUGAGGACGAGAGAUACGAGUUCCUUGCAGAUUGUGUUCCUGAGAAACUAAAAGCAGAGGUCGCGUUGGAGGAGUGGGAAAGAGGCAUGACAGAUGCAGGCUGAAAUGAAUCCGGUUGGAAUCCAACUGAAUCGUUUGGCUUAAAAUUUUGUGUCAUGUCCUGGUUUAUUGGUUCCAUUUUCCCAAUAUUCACCUUCCUUAAUAGCCCCCUAAUGAGAUUGCACUUGCACAUAUUUGAUCUAGAAUGUCUACAACUUUUCUUAUAUUAGUACCAGUCCAAUUUGUAAGAGUUGUCGGAAUUAUAAUAUUUUUUUCUUUUCUUUCAUAUUAUAAUUUGCCAGAAUUGUUCUUACAAAUCAACAUUGUAAUAUUAGCAAAAACAAGCCAAUUACAUAAGAACUUAGUCCCUUACUUUAA